GUGGAGGAAUCUUUGGUUUGCUGAGCAAGAAGAACCGCUUUGGCCGGAACCCUGUGGUGAUGCUUGGCAUCGUUGUCCACUUCCUAGCCUUUUACUUAAUUUUUUUCAACAUGCCAAAUGAUGCCCCUAUUGCUCCUAUGGAAGGAACAGAUGAUAUUGCUUACAUGAUUCCAAACAAAAAUGUGGCCAUAUUCUGCAGCUUCCUGUUGGGCCUGGGGGACAGCUGCUUUAACACCCAGCUCCUCAGUAUUUUAGGUUUCCUAUAUUCGGAAGACAGUGCUCCUGCCUUUGCCAUCUUUAAGUUUGUUCAGUCCAUCUGUGCAGCAGUUGCCUAUUUCUACAGCAACUACUUCCUUCUGCAGUGGCAGCUACUCAUCAUGGUGGUUGUGGGCUUCUUUGGAACAAUUACCUUCUUUCUGGUGGAGUGGAAAGCAGCAGCAGCUCUUGCUGCCCGUGGCUCAGACUACAGCAGCAUUUGA